CGAUCGCAUGCCGUGGUGCUGUUGAGAGAUUAUUGGUUCUGAUUUUUCCUCACACUUGUGUGUUCAACUCCUCAAUCGGUCGGUGGGUCGUGUUUGGUGUGUGGUGCCUUAUGCUGCGCAGUCCGUUCGCAGUUCGCCCCGCAAGAAGAAGGUUUUGUUUACGCGGUUUUGUCGACGCGGUGACCAGCUGAGCGACGCGAGAAUCAUCGUGUUGUGUACGGAUCGUGUUUGCGCGUGUGAGAGUGGACACUCGCGCGUGCUUUUGAAACCCUUUUUGACAGACAGAGAUCGGAGCGCGCGGGGUAAACAGUUCCGAAACAGUUUCCGUAUCAGUCUGUCCCGUGCUGCUAACGCAACGUGGAGUGCUUUUUGGUGCGCGUGCGCACCCACGAGAAGAACACAUCAACGCGUGGUUACCACCCAAAAAUAAGCGCCAAGCGGAACAGUAGUGAACAGUUUUGGACAAAGUUUUCCCCCUGUGAUUGUUUGAGCAGAAGAAAUGUACUCCAGUGUACUCCUCGCGCACAAAGCACACGGAUAAUAGGAUAAUUGAGAGUGAUUUGCUAGCUAAUAUCGUUGGCAAACAACACAGUGAGUGUGGAUCGCAAAUUAACGCAUCGCUACAAAUCGAUCCCAUCGGAAGUUGAGGAUCAGAUCGGUGUUAAUUGUUGUUUGCCCCAAUCGCCGAGAAACUGCUGACUUCGGGAGAUAAGAGUGCAGAGUGUGUGAAUGAUUUGAACUGGAUUUUACUACAUCAAUUCCAAUAGCCGAUAACGAGCAGCACAAACAGUUUUAUCGCGCCAGCUUCAAGUGAUUGACUAAGAUAUUGUGUGUUCGUGCGUGCUCAUGUAAACUCGAGCAGAGAUCUUCGACAAUUAUCAUCUCGAUUGUCCCCGUUGAGUUGCGCUUGUUUGAAUUUGAACGUGGGAUAUUCGUGUGUUGGUGCCUGUGUUUCCGGAAUGCAUUUGAAUUUGCAAAGCGACCAAGUGGAAGGUGUCAACAUUUGACGAGAAGAAGGUGAUCGAUUUAUUCCGCCCGAGACGCCCAAGAGUUUGAUUAUUAAGUGCUUCUCGUAAUAAUUCGUAUUCAAUCGAAAGCCAUCCGCAAGACGCGCCGCUAUCCCUAGGAAUAAUCAAGAUGAAUCAACAGUGUAAAGUUUGCGGGGAACCGGCGGCGGGUUUCCACUUCGGUGCGUUCACCUGCGAAGGAUGUAAGUCCUUCUUCGGCCGAUCUUACAACAACCUCUCAUCGAUCUCCGAGUGCAAGAAUAACGGUGAAUGUAUUAUCAACAAAAAGAACCGAACGGCGUGCAAGGCGUGCCGGCUGCGCAAGUGCCUUAUGGUUGGCAUGUCCAAGAGUGGCUCCCGCUACGGACGGCGCUCGAAUUGGUUCAAGAUUCACUGUCUGCUGCAGGAGCAACAGCAAGCCGCCCAGCAGCAGGCCUCCAACAAUCAGAAGGCCGGUCAGCCCCCGAUGCACGGAAUGUUCGGUCCACCGAGUGCGUAUCCCCACGGAAUAUAUUCCCGGCCGCCGUGCACCAAGGAAGAACUGAUGCUACUAGGGCUGGAAGAAUAUGCCAAACAUCCAUCGGCUUCGCCCUCUGUCAGCUCUCCCGACAGCCACAACUCGGACAGCUCGAACGAGAUUAACGAUCGCCGAAAUGCACUGCUGCGCCAGGGAAAACUUCACGAGCAACCUCCGAUGAACAAAGAACUGUUUUUACCUCUUCCAUUCGGGGGUCUGCCGCUGAUGCCUCCACCCGGGUUCCUUCCACCGUCCCACCUAAUGUUUCCGGGCUUCCAUCCGGCGCUAUAUCCUCACCACCAAGGCCUCCUAAAACCCGCCGACUCGCCAAUCCUCAGCAGUUCGCCACUUGCCAACAACAACAGUCGCUUCACACCAAAUCACAACACUAGUAACAACAACAACACCAACAACAGCGCCCCCCACGCGGAAACCAAAUCACCGGACUCGUUCGCGAAACGUUUCUAUCUGGACACGGUCCUCGAUUCCCAGCGAUGCCCCAGCAACGAAACGACCGGCAGCGCGAAAGAGGAACCCGAGCCGGAGGAAGUGGCUCCCGUAACGAUGACUCCUCCCCGGUCACCCACGGUGGCGCCCCAGCAGGACAAUCCUAUCGAUUUGAGCAUGAAAACCGGCAGCAGCUGCUCCUCCGAGGAUCACCGGACAUCCGUCUCGUGUGCGGACAGCGACGAGGAACAGCUGGUGGUCGUCUCCAACGAUCGUGACUCCCCGUGUUCCGCUUCCGCAUUGCACCACAAAUACACCAACAACAACAGCCUGCCGAACAACAACCACAACAAUCACCAUCCCCAGCACCAUCACAACCACCACCAUCAUCAUAAUCACCGUCACAGCAGCCAGCAUGCGUCCCACCACCGCCAGCGGCAUUCGGGGAAAUCCUCCUCCGCGCACGGAAGCGGGAGCGACUCGGAGAUGGAAGACCCCGAAACCGAGUACGCGCGGGAAGUCAAGCGGAUGAGACUGCAGGGGACCACCCCGCUGGAUCUGACCACGAAAGUCUGAAAUCCCUCAAAGCCCCCCCCCCCCCCCCUCUUUAGUUCGCCACUAACUUGUGACAGCCUGUCACGUGGACCCACCAAAAGCGCGGAGCAAAAAAACUGCGAUCAUACUUUUUAUGUUUUAUGCUGUACAUAGUCUUUUGUUUUAAUGCGAGAAUAUUUACAUAAGAUUUUUUUACCCUCGGUAGCAUCAAACUUUUGUAACGAUACUCCUCUGAAUCGAGUAUAUUGUUGAAAUUGUAAAUAGCAGAAAAAACUUACAGAGAGUGCCUCAUGACAACGAAAGCAAUAAGAAAGUGUUGUUGCAUUUUUAAUCGAAAAAAGCCAGUUCUCAAUCACCCAACCACAAUCAAAAACAUGUGCCAGUAGCCUUAUUUUAGAAAUGUUUAGUUUUAGAUAACGAAAAAAAACACGAAAAAAAAUCUCUGGACGCAAUGGUCAGUAAUUUGAAUCGGUUUCCUUCAAACGCCGAGUGGAUUCGAUAAACCAAAUGUUUAAUGUUGAUAGAAAAAAACGAUGUUUGUACAAUCAAUAUAUCGUGCUAGUUUUAAACCUGUUAUAAGUCCAAAUAUUUAUUUCUUCUCGAGAUCUGCUCUCAACCUAUCCUUCUCCUCUUGCCGUAGUUUCUCGGCCAGUAUUUUAUACGCUCCUCGACAACAAACCACUUCCAACCAGAUCCCGCGCGCUGUUUAUCCUGCGCAGUCAUUUAUGUCUUGCUCCCCGACACUCAUCGUCUCCUGCAGCAUGUUUGCACCACUUUUGAGCUACUGGAAUUUCUCCACUUUCGAAUAAUGAAUAAGCACUUGCAAAUUAACGCUCAGUUCCCAUCGAAUACCCCGUCAUCAGACACACACACACACACCUUCGGUGUCUAUGCAUGGGAAGACACGCAUAGCGCAGUGCAAACGUAGAUCCAGAAAUCGCCCGAGGGCAUCAAUUUCAAUAAAUCUGCCACAAGAGUCCACAAGCGACAACUGAGCUGCUUUUUUUUCGCCUCUCCUUUCUUUCUCACCAUAAAUCCCCGGUAUUUUCCCGCGCUGUUGCUGCUGUGACCGGUGCACUCUCCGAAUCUAUCCCAGCACAACGAGAUCCAGUUCAUCUCUCAAACUGACAGACAGAGCACACAGAAACGUCCUCCUAUCAUCUGAACUAGAUCCGUUCGCGUAACCCUCCAACAACCCCCUGUGCGAACCUUGUUGCUGCUUUUCGCCACAAACAGCCACAAAUCAUCCGCGGGCACACGGAAAAAAACCAUCCGUAGAGUUUCAACUUUCCUCGAAAAAGCCUGAAAAAAAAUCACAAACAGAACAGACAGAUCUGUAGCAGCAAAUAGAAGAAUCUCUCACACUCUGGUCGCAAUCAUCGAAACUUGAACUCGGGUUGAUGCUGUGAGACGGAAAGCGAGCAAGUGCGCGCGCGCGAGAAGCCCGAGAAAAAAAUAGAAACAUACUGUUUAAUAGUCCAAUUUCUCAUCAUGUGAUGAAAAUAAAAUUAAGGUUGUAAACUUCCAGAGCAAAACAGUCGAAAUGACCAACCGCUGGCUGCCAACCAUCAUCAUCAUCGCAGACACACAUACACACACACACACACACACACACACACACACACACACUCAGUGAGAUGAUAGGUUGAUAGGCAAGGUAAAAAAGCUGUAAAAUUAAGGUUAGUUAGUCCAAUGUGUAGUUUAAUUUCGUUUUUAAGUGGAACCCAUAAAACACAAAACAUAGAGCUGCGAUGUGGUUUAGUUUUUUUUUUCUUCGCUCCUAGGACCGGAGUUUAAAUAAACAUACAAACAUAGAUACGUGAGAAAAAGAGCCCCAAACGAUCGCGGGCGACGAAUUGACAAGAAACAUCACCACAGGUGAUCUAUUGGUGUACGGAACGAGCCUAGGGUUGACAAUUUAUAUACUGAUGUGAGCGUUGCGAUAAAGCAUAUCAAGACAAUAUUUUUACGUGUUUAGGCGUUAUAAGUGAGAACACAUUGUUGAUUGUUGUAUAAAGUGUUAGUUUGUAAGGAGUAUGCAAUUUUAAGGAAUAUUUACAAUGGAAAAUUGUAGGAAAAAUCAUA